AAUUCAACCUUCUUGGAGAAAAGAUUUCAAGGCUGAGUGGAAAAAACUUGUAGGCCGAGAAUUAAAAAUUCUAACAAUUUCAUCUUUAGGAAAUAUGGAAAACUCAUUUUUUAAAAAUAUACAACGAAAUGACCAGUAUUCAUUGCUUUAUGAAGCCACACAAUCAAUUUGGAAAGCUAUUAAUAAUAGCAAUAACUCGCCUGUUGAAUUAACUAAUCAUGAAAUAGACUAUUAUUAUGAAAUUGAUUUAAGUAUGGACGAACAUGAUUCAUCAA